AACGGUUUCCCCGACUACGACGGGAUGGAGGACGAAGCGUUCCCUCCUCUGCCGCCUCCCCAAUCCCCGGGACCCGCCGGAGACGACGGAGGAGACCCCUUCGGUAACGAAGACGAAGGCGAGACGUCGAAGUUGGCCGACGUUCCCGCCGCUAAAAGGAAAGGAGUGAAGAGACCGCAACCCAAACUCGACUCCAACAGGCUGAUAUCAGAGAGAGGACUUCCUGCUCUGAGGACGCUGUUUGAUGACGUUAAGUUUAAAGGAAAAGGACACGAGGUGGAGAACCUCCGCCUGCUGAUGAAGAAGAUGGAGAACUGGGCUCACAGGUUAUAUCCUAAACUCCAGUUUGAAGACUUUGUGGAGAAACUCGAGAAGCUGGGAAACAAGAAGGACGUUCAGACGUGCCUGAAGAGGAUCAGACUGGACAUGCCUCUGACUCAUGAAGACUUCACAGUUCGUCCUGAGUCCAACGUGUUUGGAGAAGCCGACCCGUUCAGCGGAGCGAGUUUCCAUGACGACGAGCUGCUGAUGCCGAUCCACUCCACACCGGCUCCGACCGCUCCGCCUACCCCCGCCCCCCCCUCCUCAACCCCCGCCCCCCCCUCUCUGACCGAGGAGCAGCGCAGACGCAUGGAGCUGAACAGGCAGCGAGCUCUGGAGAGAAGGAUCGCUCGCCAGCAGCAGACGGGUCAGAAAUGA